AAAGCGAGUUUGAAGCCGUCCCCAGUUCGCUGAGGUGGCGCGCCCUCCUCAUCCCUGACUGUGCUGCGAGCUGCCAUGUCCGAGGCGUAUUUCCCAGUGGAGUCGGGCGCUCUGGGGCCGGAGGAGAACUUCCUGUCUUUGGACGACAUCCUGAUGUCGCAGGAGAAGCUGCCGGUGCGCGUUGAGACGCCCAUGCCGCGCCUGGGAGCCUUUUUCCUGGAGCGAGGCGCGGGCUCCGAGCCGGACCAUCCACUCCCUCAGGGCACAAAACUUGAACUUCCCCUGUGGCUGGCUAAAGGACUCUUUGACCACAAGCGGCGCAUCCUUUCUGUGGAACUUCCCAAGAUGUACCAAGAGGGAUGGAGGACAGUAUUCAGUGCAGAUGCUAAUGUCGUGGACCUCCACAAAAUGGGGCCCCAUUUCUAUGGGUUUGGCUCACAACUCCUGCAUUUUGACAGUCCGGAGAAUGCAGAUAUUUCCCAGUCUCUGCUGAAGACUUUUAUUGGACGGUUCCGCCGCAUCAUGGACUCCUCCCAGAAUUCUUACAAUGAAGACACUUCGGCGCUGGUAGCCAGGUUAGAUGAGACAGAGAGGGGCUUAUUUCAAACCGGGCAGAGAAGUCUGAAUGACUUUCAGAGUUGGGAAAAAGGACAAGCUUCCCAGAUUACAGCUUCCAGCCUCGUCCAGAAUUAUAAGAAAAGGAAAUUCACAAAUAUGGAAGACUAAAAGCCGAACCGAACUGCAACUUGUGGAUUUAUCUCUGUGCCCUUGAUAAGACCAGUUAAUUUCAUGGGAGACCAAAUGUGUAUUGCUUCAGGGCUUUUAACCUUCACCAGUCUCAAAGCUUGGAACUACCUGGUUGGGGCGGAUGUGGAUGGCCUUGACCCUGUUGGUCUUCUGGACUGUAGCUACCUGCUAUCCUCACAGCAUAGGCUUUUGGCUCAGGAAUGCAGCCAAGGAGGAGCCAGACUCCAUUUUAAGCAAGGAGCACAGACACAUUGCAUACACAGUCAAGUUGGAACUCGGAUUCCUCGGGUGUCUGGUCUCGUUGGCUGCAAAGUGGGUCAUCUCUGCCUGUUCACAACUUUCUCUUAAGCUUAUUUGCCUUAUCUUCCUCAUGGUUGGACAAAGGACAGCAUCUCCACCAUGCUGCUUACCUGCUGGGACUUAGCCCAGUUUUUAAAACAGGAAAUUGGGGAGAAAAGUGGAAAGUCAGAUGAAUAGCAGAACAGAAAGGAGAAGGCACUGAGCUUUCGUGCCCUGUAUUCAGGGCUUUUGAACUAGAAUCACAUCCCUUCAGUCUACUCAGAGGGGCCAUGUACUUGUGUUUGUCAGGGAUCUUUAGAGCGCUGGCACACUCAUUCCAUUCCCUGUCUAGAAAAACUAUCCAGGCAGCCAUCUUCCAGUAACUUGCCAAAAUGACCCAACACAAAGGGAAAGAGGUAUAUGUUCUCCAGGCCCUUUAGGAAACAUGGAUUUGUUCCUUUGGCCACAUAUCUGCGAAUCUACAAGAAGGGUGAUAUUGUAGACAUCAAGGGAAUGGGCACUGUCCAAAAGGAAUGUCCUAUAAGUGUUACCACAGCAAAAAAAAAAAAAGAAGAGUCUAUGAUGUCACCCAGCAUGCGGUGGGCAUCACUGUAAACAAGCAAGUUUAGGGCAAGAUUCUGGCUAAGAGGACCAAUGUGCGGAUUGAGCACUUGAAGAGCAGAGACAGCUUCCUGAAGCGGGUGAAGGGGAACGAGCAGAAGAAAAAGGAAGCCAAAGAGAAGGGUGCCUGGUUCAGCUGAAAUGUCAGCCUGCGCCACCCAGAGAAGCACACUUUGUGAGGACUAACGGAAAGGAGCCUGAGCUGCUGGAGCCCGUCCCAUAUGAGUUCAUAGCCUAAUGUACAAAUAGAAAUAAAGGAUCUGGACUGCAAAGUGAUUUUCUUUAAAGAAAGAAAGGAAAGCUAUCAGGGAGGUGUUAGGAAUUGCAAAAUAGUUAUGAAAGGAUGGUUACCAACCUUUGUAUAACUGCAUCAGGGGCUUACAGGUUGUGAAGAGCCCUUGCUGAAAAACAGCUUGGCAAGUGUUAGUAGAGAAGACUCUUUUACAUUAAUUUUUUCUCCAGGAAAUACUGCAGCUUUAAUGCAAAGAGGACCCCUGACCACUUACUGGGAGUCUCUUUAAACAUGCACCAAACUGAGAGGGACAAGUUCCCAGACCAUAAGCUAAAUAAAAAAAGUCUCCUUUCCUGGAGCCCUUUGGAUUGUCUGGUGGGCAGUUUCUCCACACCACUGGUCAUGCCCCUGGUGUGACCACUGAAAAAUAUCUUCAUUGUAAUUAAGGAGAGCUUUGGGUGUCCAGAUAACACAGUUGUUUAAUGGAAACUUAAAAAAUAAAAGACAUGCAUUAAAA